AUGGGAAAAUCACCGAAUGAUGAAGUGGAUCGUGAACUCAUGGAACGGGAUCUUAUGAUUCGGGAGCUCAAAGGAAACUUGUAUGGGUCUAUCAAUCGAAUGAAGGAGUACUAUGAUAGAGGAAGAAGAGAGGAACGGUUCGAACCGGGUGAUUGGGUUUACUUGAAGCUUAGACCUUAUCGCCAACAUACAAUAUCUCAAAAGGCUUUAUUCAGGUUGGGAAGCCGUUUCUAUGGCCCAUACAAAAUUCUGGAACGCGUGGGUGAAGUUGCUUAUCGACUUGAUCUUCCGGCCGAAGCUCAAAUCCAUCCGGUGGUUCAUGUGUCUCAGCUAAAGCGAAGUUUGAGAGGAAAUCAAGGAGUUCAACUGAGAGAUGCCGAUAUGACGGAGGCGGAGGCUGCACCUCCACCGCCGCACGUAGCGGUCUCCAGUGCUGACCCCAACGACGUCAGGAAUUUGCUGACAAUGGCUCGUCAACUAGUUCAUCAAGGAAAGCCUUCCCAGGCACUCCAGGCGGUGGUGAUGGCUAUGAAAAUGCAAGGUGGUGAGCAAGCCGUGUCUGAAGCUCUAAACCGUGCUCGUGAGAUGUACAUAAAUAAAGUACAAGCCAGUGCAGCAGCCGAUGAACUAGCUUCACUUUUUGCUGAAUGCGCAAUAGCAGAGGCCAUGCCUUUACAGCAACCUAAUAACAACAAUAAUAAUAAUAUGGAGAAUGGCAGGCUGGCGGAGCCGGACCCACAGGGAACAUCGAUUCUUGCGGAGACAGGGAGAAAACAGGUUGUGCUCGAUGCCUUCUCGGACGGGAGCAGCUUUGUGUGCCUGCAGUGUGGGGGACUCGUCAGCAAUAACCGCAAGGAGGAGCACUUCACAUUCUGGUGUUGCAAUGGCUGA